UAAACAAUGAAUGGGACUAUUUACAUUAGCUUACCUAUUCGGAUUAUUAUUACGACUGAAGGAAUAUUUGGCAUAAUAUUAAAUAUUGUGGCCAUCACUGUUGUGUUCACUUCACAAUUCGGUUCAAAAUUUACUACAUUUGUAUUUAGAGCACAACCAAUAUUUGACUUAAGUGCAUGUUUCUCAACAGCAAUGUACUAUAUGAUUCAAUCUAUAUCAUCUGUCAAUAACGGAACUGGAAUAUAUAUUAUAGAUGUCGUAAUUUGUCAUUUUUGGUUUAGAAAUGGAUUAUUCUGGUUGCCAUGUAUCUUAAGUGUGCAAAAUCUGGUUUGUAUAUCAUUGGAUCGAGCGAGUUCUGUCCUAUUUCUUGGAUCAUUCAAAACGUAUACGAAUAGAUUUUUCGUACUAUACUUUCUUUACAUGCUCACUAUGCUUUUGAUUUUGUACCUACCAACACCACUUCUUCGUCGUUAUACCGAUGGCCAAUGUGUUAUGGAUUUUUCAUUCCCUUGGAUUCAAACGAAAGUAUUUCUUGGUUAUAUUGUGUAUUCAUGGGUUGUGUUUUCUUAUUUUGUUCCAGUUUUGGUCACAUUAGUUAGCCAUGCAUGGAUCAUACAUGUAUUAAAAAUAUCUAGCCCUUCUCAUCAAAAUUGCACAACACAAAAUUUUGAAGCUACUUUACAGAUACAGAAGAAAAUUACUCAGUUAGUUAUCACAACAACAAUUAUGUCAUGUCAACUAGCUAUAUUACACUCAUUUGAAUGCAUAAGUCAAAUAUUAAUCGCAUGUGAAGUUGUGGUUUACACUUAUGGUACUCCGAUUGAACAAAUGAGUACAAUACUUAUAUUAUUGGGAUGUACGUUAAAUCCAUGUAUUCUCAUUUUCAGUACAGCUCCUUUGAGAAAACGUUUAUUAACAUCAGUUAAAAGUGUCACAGAGAGAAUUAGCAGCAUCGCGACAAUAGGAAAGCACACGGAAUCAUUAAUGCAAUGA